AUGUUCUGGGUGUCGGGAGGGAAAAGUCAAAAAGCGAGCCUGAGCCGACACCAUCUAGACCUUGCGCACGGGGUGGGUGGGUGGGGAGGGGCUUGGGAGCUCCUUUCAAGACAAGUAGUAGAGGAUGUGCAGGCUUAUGACAAGGCAUCCCGAAUCUCUCUGUUUAGACUCCCAGAAGUGCUGGCCGCCGGAUGUAAUUUGGGCAUCCAAUGCAUAUUCAGCCUUAAUGGUCUACAGUGCCAGGAGUUUGUGGAACUCGGUGCGGUCAUGGUCUUGAAUGGCCUGUUCGACUGCAACCUUGACACUGAACUUUGUGAGAUGAAGGCCCGCGCCUGA